GUCAACAUCAUCGAUGCUCAGCGUUCACAAUAAAAGCUGAGAGAAAACCAGCGCUAUGGAUUGCCUGUGAUAAAGGAGUGUAUCAGGCUACUGCAGAAUAAUUGGAAUAGCUAUAAAACUUUGGCUGCAUCAGCCACAGAACUUCAUCUGUGACAUGGGUACACUGGUACAUCAAAAUGUUCAGAAAUACUACAGCUCUCGGCUGGAUGUGUCUAACAGCCUGCAGACAAGUGCAUCUUGUGCUUUGCCAUCUCGUCCCAUACCCGCCAGUGCUUUUAAUGCCCUUAAACUAGUCCACCCAAAGGUUUGCAAGAACUACUCUGGCUGUGGUCUGGUGGUUCCAGAGAAGCUGCAGGGCUGUAAGGUCCUGGACCUGGGCUGCGGGUCUGGCCGGGACUGCUACGUCCUCAGCAAGCUGGUGGGGAUGAGCGGCCAUGUCAUCGGCAUCGACAUGACAGAGGAGCUGGUCCUGGCCUCCCGUAAAUACAUACAGUACCACCAAGAAAGGUUUGGCUUUGAGAGACCCAACACCAUCUUCGUCCAUGGAUACAUGGAGAAGCUAUGGGAAACGGGCAUACAGGGAGGCUCUUUGGACAUCCUGGUGUCAAACUGUGUGAUAUGCCUGUGCCCAGACAAGAGGGCAGUCCUUAAGGAGGCCCACAGAGUUCUCAAGGAUGGUGGUGAAUUCUACUUUAGUGACAUUUACUCCAGCAAAACUAUACCUCAAAAUCUAAAAAGGGAUCCAGUUUUGUGGGGGGAAGGAAUGGGUGGCUGUCUCUACUGGCGAGACCUCAUCUCUCUGGUACGAGAGGUAGGCUUCACUACCCCUUACUUGGUCACGGCCUGUCACAUUGUGGUCCACAACAGUGAACUGCAGAGAAAAACAGGUGGUAUCAACUAUGCCUCUGGCACUUAUCGUGUCUUCAAACUGCCAAAAAACCCAAAGCAGUCGGACGCAGUGGUGCUUUAUAAGGGAACAGUUCCUGAUCACCCUGAUGGGCUGGAUUUUGAUGUGUCGCAUUCGUUUAAGAAAAAUGUAUCAGUCCUGAUUGAUGCAGAGAUGGCUGCUGUGCUCCGUUACUCUCGCUUCUCCACUGACUUCUCCAUUCAGAGCUCAGACAACCCAGCCCCUGGUCCUAAAUGUACAUCCCAGUACUGCCACCUCAACCCUUUCCUGCUCGCUGACAAGCUUGGCCCCAUGAAGCAGUGCUCCAGCACUGGGAACAAAGGAGGCUGUGAUGGCAGAACCAGCAGCUACUGUAACAGCAACCAAUGCUAGCCGUGAGAGACAGAGAGGGAUCCCUUCCUCUGGAAACACAUUGUUACUGGAUGUGUCAUUCCCUUCUCAAGUCCACGUUUGUGUGCAUGACACCCGACAUUUCUGCUAAAAUAAAUAUUUCUCUGGCUUUUUCCUUUUAUACUGCUGUCCGCUACAUUUAUGUUCC